AUGGAACCGAUUUUGAUAUUUCUUAUCUGUUGGUUCAGUUUUGGAUUUGUUGCAACAUGUAUUGGUGCUUGGUGCUGGGAAAACAGGGAAAAGAAGGAGAGACAUGUGCCCGUUCAAUCUGCUAAUACUGGUAACAAUCCACAAGCUGUUCAGGAGACUGCUGCUCAGCCUAAUCAAGAAAUCACAGUUCCAGAGGGUACUGCUGCUUCAGUCCACGAGAGUAUACGUCUUGAAGAUUUACCAUCCACGACGACCGGCGAGGGUCUGAAUUCAAAUGCCUCUGUGGAGACGCCGUUGCCUGUCUAUCAAAGCGACCUUUUGCCCCAGUAUAGUGAGGUUGAGUUUGAUAGGUAG